GACACAGACAGAAGCAGCAGCCACUGUGGACAAUCCACGGGGAGAUCAUCCAGACUUCCGUUCCUUUUAUUUAUUUAUUUAUUGUUUACAGCGGCGUUUUUAUUUACAUCCGUGAACAUGAACGGAAUGACGAGGAGCCUGUGCACCAUUGAGGAAAUCAGAAACCAAGAUGGAGCUGAGGGCUGCAGGGGACUCCGGCUCACGCUCCACGACCAGAGAGAAGCAGCUCGGGGCUCAGAGCAGCGCAGAGACAAGCCGAUUGGACGAGCUUUUGCUCUGGUGCAGCCAGCAAGCGACCGGUCGCCUCCAAACACCGAACCGGUGAAAUCGGCAGAGGAGCAAGUGGAGAUCAUAAAGGUGUACCUAGAGGCCCGCAGACAAGAGCAGCAGAACCAUCAGCAGAGCCUGAAGAUGCUGUCAGAUGAAGUUUCACAGAUACAGGAGGUGAGGUAUUGCCUGAAGUCUCUGAGGGAGCAAAUGGCAGCCAAAACCAAGCCGAACAUGAAUGGAUGGAAGGUCGGCAUUCCUUUCAGAAAGAACGUCUCUGCUCCCAAAGGAGGAUCCAAGGCUGACCAGCAGGAGGCAGACGAUGAGGCGGAGCGGGACAAGCUGAGAGAAGUUAGUAAGCGUUUGUAUGCGCAGCUGCAGGAGGCAGAGAAGAAGCACCAGGAGGAAAGAGAGAGGCUGCAGGUAAAAGGCAGCAGUCUCAGGGAGAGUCUGAGCAACAAGGAGGAACAGCUGAGGAUUGCAGAAGAUGCCGGCGAGAAGAAAGACAUGCGUAUCGAGGAGCUCCAGAGGCUGCUGGGAGGGAUGGAGCAGGAGAGCGCCACUCUGAGGGCGACCAUUCAAAACCGAGAGGAUGAACUGCAAGAGCUGCGGCGGUUCAGAGAGGAGGGCCACAAAGGGGAGCAAAGAGCUGAACAACUGGAGAAGGAGGUGGCGAUCCUCAAAGAGAAGAUCCACCAUCUGGAUGACAUGCUGAAAAGCCAACAGAGGAAAGUCCGUCACAUGAUCGAGCAGCUCCAGAACUCCCGCAUGGUGAUCCAGGAGCGCGACCGAGUGAUCAAAGAGCUGGAGGAGAAAGUAGCGUUUCUGGAGGCUGAGAAUCGAGAAAUGCGUGACCAGAUGGACUACUAUCUGGGAGGUCAGAGGCCACACUCCUACCUUUCAUCAGAGCGCCACUCCCAGGUUGUUUACAGUAAACCACUCAAGCCUUCCACCUCCUCCACCAAGCCGCUCCCGUACAUCAAAGUCAUCGAGAUCAAGUCAUGAAACGACCCAGAAGCACCAAACCUUCUCCGUGAGGACUGAACUCGAGACAGCAGCUCUCCUGAUCACGAACGAAUAACACGCAGAUCAGAUCGGAGCUGAGCCUUCCUCCACCACCAAACACGAUCCACUAAACCAUUUCGAAGCUAACGCUCUUUGAAGGAAACCGACGAGUGACUCCGAGCACCAACUGUGCGUCUUUGGCAACGAUUGCGCGUUUGUCAGCUUUGUAGAUACGGUAGACUUCCUGCUGUGCGUCUUGUUUUACUUGUAAGGUUUUCUCUGUGGUCUGAUCUGUUCUUGGCCUUUGAGUUUGUGUACUUGUUGUAUAAAAACAGAACUGGUGAACAAGCGAACUCUUUUCCAUGUUCGUUGUGUUAUAAAGUUCGUUUAAACUAA